CCCAGCUUCCUGCCACUGUAGACCCUCGUUGAGCUGCUGCCGCGGCUUUGGUCGGCAAGAUCCGGGCUUUUUAAUUCGCCGGUUGUUGGAUCGGGCUCCGGGAGAUGAGAGCGCACACCUCCUGCUACUGGCCUUGGAGAAUUGCGGCUUACCGUGCACUUAUACAGUGAAGAGCGAUGUGUAAGGAGGGAAGUGAUGUAAACAAUGGGACUAGAGCAGGGACGUCUCUGAGCCACAUUUAGCGGAUAUCAGAAGAAUUGGGACAGUUGCAUAUGGCACCCAUGUGCAGCCCUUGUUACUGAUACCAGCUAAAUUGGUAUGUGCCACAGACUACCGUGCCCGGUACACGACAGGCAUUAGGGCGACAGUAAAGCUGGAGGAAGCAUCAGUAUCAUGCAGCGGGAUGUGUAUAGUAUCUGGCCUUCAGCACAAGACUGGCAGAAUGCUAUUCAGAUCGGGGACCUGAUUCGCACGAAGUAGGAAAGUGAUGGUUCAGUUGUCCACAUCUAUAGACCAUUCCUUGCGGCUGCUAUCUUAAGUUGCUGUGUGGGAUCUAGUGCCACAGUCUAGCAGGUGUACUGCUGUAUAUACUGUAGAUUCUAACUUUAAACUCUUCCAACGGUCUUUAGACAUUUAGCACCCUUCUUCACUCUUUUCUUCUGCUGCAAUCUUAUGCCGCUUGUGAAGGACCUACUUACAUGUCCUGUGUCUUUUACUACAUACCCUGAGCACUGUACACUUAUCUUGUGUUUGCACUGCCCAUGCAUACAGUCUACAUUCCCUAGUGUAACAAAAAGAAGGCCCUCUAUUCAUGUCUUUCCAAUGGAUAGCAAAAGUUCUGAUCUUGGAGAUAUAAGUUGUGUCCACUUUAUUGAGAGAUGUUUCAAAAGAAGGACUGUCAUGUGGCAAAGUAGAUUCCUUAAUUGGGCAUUUCAGUUCCCACAGAGCAAACCAUCACUGUGAUGUAUUAUUGCCCUUGCAUGAGUACAGUACACUGCACAAUAAUGAAGCAAAAGCUUUAAAUGGACAAAUAGUCUCAAUCAUCCAUUAGCAAACAGUUGGAUUAGGAUGUCGGAUCCGAGUUACUGGACAGCAUUCCAUGGGUGCAAGGGCCACCUGGCAAAAGGGGCGUUACUGCAACGGUCCAAAAGCUGUAGAAGCAGCAACAGAAAGAGUUUGGUUGUAGGAUCGCCAUCACCAACGCUGUCACGCCCAUUAUCACCGCUCUCUGUACCCACAGCAGGGAGCAGUCCUCUGGAUAGUCCAAGAAAUUUCUCAACUAGUACAUCGGUUAACUUUCCUUUUGCUCGUAGUCAUGGACCACGCACUGACAGGGCUGAUGGACGUAGAUGGUCCUUGGCAUCUCUCCCCUCUUCCGGAUAUGGAACCAACACUCCAAGCUCCACUCUCUCGUCUUCCUCCUCCUCCCAAGAGAGACUGCACCAGCUGCCUUUCCAACCCACUGCCGAUGAGCUGCACUUCCUCUCCAAACACUUCCGCAGCACGGAGAGCAUCACCGAUGAAGAGGGCAGGCGUUCACCAUGCAUGCGCCCUCGUUCCCGAAGCCUCAGCCCUGGUCGUUCAUCUACGAACUUUGAUAAUGAGAUCAUCAUGAUGAAUCAUGUUUACAAGGAGAGAUUCCCCAAGGCCACAGCACAAAUGGAGGAGAGACUUGAAGACAUCAUCACAAACUUCUGUACCAAUCGGACUUUACCUCUUGCUGAUGGCGUGCUAGGCUUUAUUCACCAUCAGAUUAUUGAACUAGCCCGAGAUUGUCUGGACAAAUCCAAAGGGGCUCUUGUCACUUCUAGAUAUUUUGUGGAGUUACAAGAAAAGCUAGAAAAGAUGCUGCAAGAUGCCUACAAUCGCUCAGAGAGCGAGGAAGUCGCAUUCAUUGUCCAACUAGCAAGAAAGUUGCUGAUGAUUAUCGCACGCCCUGCAAGAUUGCUUGAGUGUCUGGAAUUUGAUCCAGAGCAGUUUUACCAUCUAUUAGAAGCUGCUGAAGGUCAUGCUAAGGAGGGCCAAGGAAUAAAGACCGACAUUCCACGCUACAUUAUCAGCCAGUUGGGGCUCACAAAAGAUCUGUUGGAAGAAAUUGUUCAGCUUGAUCAUUAUGAUGCAGAGUCAACUCUACAACUGGAACAUGAAGACUAUCAAGAUACAUGUGUUACAAGCACUCCUACUAAAAAGAAUCCAGGAGAGAGUGAUUUUGAAACCCUCAAACUGAUUAGCAAUGGAGCCUAUGGUGCCGUGUACCUGGUGAGACACAAGGAGACUCGGCAACGCUUUGCAAUGAAGAAGAUCAACAAACAGAACCUGAUAUUGCGAAACCAGAUCCAGCAAGUGUUUGUUGAGCGAGACAUCCUAACCUUUGCAGAAAAUCCUUUUGUAGUCGGCAUGUUCUGCUCAUUUGAAACGCGACGACAUCUCUGCAUGGUCAUGGAGUACGUGGAGGGUGGAGAUUGUGCCACUCUUUUGAAGAACAUGGGGCCUCUCCCUGUUGACAUGACCCGCAUGUACUUUGCUGAAACUGUUCUGGCGCUGGAGUAUCUACACAACUAUGGCAUUGUUCACCGAGACCUCAAACCUGACAACUUGCUUAUCACUUCUCUUGGACACAUCAAGCUUACUGAUUUUGGCCUAUCUAAAAUUGGACUAAUGAACAUGACUACAAAUCUGUAUGAGGGGCAUAUUGAGAAGGACACACGGGAGUUUCUGGAUAAACAGGUAUGUGGAACUCCUGAGUACAUAGCUCCAGAAGUGAUCCUGCGGCAGGGUUAUGGAAAGCCUGUGGACUGGUGGGCAAUGGGCAUCAUUCUCUAUGAAUUCUUGGUGGGAUGUGUACCCUUUUUUGGUGACACCACAGAGGAGCUCUUUGGACACGUUAUCAGUGAUGACAUAGUUUGGCCAGGAGGUGAAGAAUCUCUUCCAGCUGAUGCACAAGAUCUCAUCACACGGCUUUUGAGACAGUAUCCAUUAGAACGGCUAGGGACAGGAGGAGCACAGGAGGUAAAGCAUCAUGUCUUCUUCCGCUCCCUGGAUUGGAAUGGACUCCUGAGACAGAAAGCCGAGUUUGUGCCACAGCUGGAGGCUGAGGAUGACACCAGUUAUUUUGACACACGCUCGGAGCGUUAUCAUCAUCUGGCUUCUGAAGAAGAUGACGAAACAAAUGAUGAGGAGUCCUCUGUAGAAAUCCGUCAGUUCUCUUCUUGCUCUAACCGCUUCAGCAAGGUUUACAGUAGCUCUGAACACCUUGCUACACAACUUAAUCUCAGCUUCUCCUCCACUGAAAGAAGUCACAGUGAUGAAAAAGAAGAACGAGGAGAGAAAUGGGAAAGAAUGCUGACCAGAGAAGAUGAAAGGAACCAGAUCAGUACUGAGACCAGGCUAAGAUCCUGGACGUCAUCUGGCUCCUCCCAUUCCCAUCACUCAUGGCUGAGUGAGCGCAGUGCAAGCCCGUGUGUCCUGACCAGCACAUGUAGCCUUGACACCAUGCCAAGAUUUGCAUUUUCCUCUGAAGAUGAAGGAUCUGAUCACAAGUCUGAGAAACCCAUCUUCUCUUUAGGGGAUGGGAAAGGGACUCCCUCAAAACCAACAUCACUUUGUGCAGAUAUUGUCAGCCUGAGCCGGACUCGUCUCCGCAGCAAUAGCACUGGCGCCAAGUACUCUACUCCACGCACAUUGGAACAGUGUCUCAGCCGCCGGCUGCGGGGCCAGAAAGAGAAACCUGAAAAACAUAGCUCUUCCUCAGGCGGUCGCGUCCCCAAAUCUGCAUCUGUUUCUGCACUAUCGCUUAUUAUUACCUCUGAUGACUUCGGCAGUGGAUCCCUCAUAAGUCCCAUAUCCCCACGCUCUCUCUCAUCCAACCCGUCUUCCAGGGACUCUUCUCCUGUCCGGGACACAGCAGUGGCAGUAACCAGUCUGUGCCCCCCUAUUAUUAUACACAGCUCUGGGAAGAAGUAUGGCUUCACGUUGCGUGCUAUUCGUGUUUACAUGGGAGAAAGCGAUGUGUAUACGGUACACCACAUGGUUUGGAGUGUGGAGGAUGGAAGUCCAGCUCAUGAAGCAGGGCUGAGAGCUGGUGAUCUGAUAACGCAUGUGAAUGGAGAGUCUGUCCUUGGCCUGGUACAUAUGGAUGUAGUGGAACUUCUUUUAAAGAGUGGUAACAAAGUAUCACUGAGAACAACCCCCCUAGAAAACACUUCCAUAAAGAUUGGUCCUGCCAGAAAAAACAGCUGUAAAGGUCGGAUGGCAAGAAGAACCAAGAAAAGCAGAAAGAGGGAAAGUCAGGACAGGAAGCGCUCACUUUUCAAGAAGAUUUCUAAGCAAUCAACAGUAUUACAAACCAGCAAGAGCUUUUCCUCAGGCCUCCACCAGUCCUUGUCUUCCAGUGAGAGCCUCCCAGCCUCCCCAACUCACAGUCUGUCUCCUGGUCCCACCACACCUAGUCGUAGCCCAGCUCCUGAUAUGCCGGUUGAUGCUGUGACACCUCAAAGCACAUCACCAAACUCAAGUACACCCAGCUCACCUGCUGGGCACAUCCGCCCCAGUUCGCUGCAGUGCUUAGCACCCAAACUCACUGGGCAACGUUUGAAGGUGGUCCGUAGGAAGUCCACAAGCAGCAUUCCCCCAUCUCCACUGGCAUGCACACCCUCGUCUGCCCAUCAGCCACCCUCUUCACCCCAACGUUCACCCUCCCCUUUGCUACCUGGGCAUCCAAGGAGUGGGCAUGGUGUUUUCCAGGGAAAGACUUUGUCUCCUCCUUCCAUUGUUCGCCAAGGAACACGGAGCCGGACAACAGAGGCUCCACGGUCACCUCUUUUACAAAGAGUACAGUCAGUAGAAAAGCUAGUCACCCAUUUUGGCUGUGGUCGAAAGACAACCCCGCCAGAAACCCAUCACUGGGAGGAGUCACCUGAGGCAACAGAAGGUGUGUCCGAUGUUGGCUGUCGCUGUAGAGACUGGGGAACAGAAAAACAUGAACGUGAUGCAGAAGUAGUAGUAAUGAGGAGGCUUAACCUUUCAGAGAGAAGGGACUCCUUUAAAAAGCAGGAAGCAGUGCAAGAAGUCAGCUUUGAUGAGCAGGAGUCUGGAGUUGGAGACUGUAUAUCUGAAGGGCAAAAAGAAGGGGGCAACUCAGUGUUAUGGGAACGGCUGCCCCACCAGACCUCAUGGGUUCAAGCAAGACCUGCAAGUUCAACAUCAGGGACUACAGCUAAUGAACAGCAAUGUCGCUUAGUGCCACAAAUAGCUGUUCAGACUUCUGAAAGCGAGGAACAAGACAAAGGCCCUGGUCAUUGGGAAUGUCAAGCAUUUUAUCCCCUACAGCUAAAAGGCAGAGACAGAUGCCCUCUUGUCUCUUGGUUAUCAGAUCCCUCAGCUACUAGCUCAGAAAGACAAGCUGAGUGUCACCUUACUCUCACACCGCAUGCAUUUCAGCCUCCAUCUUCUAUAGCCAUCUCAGAUGUGCACUUGGAUAGCGCCAAAGGGGGUAAGAGCAAUGAAAACAAACAAGAACAGGCAGUCAAGAAAACAAGCUAGAAAAUUGCAUUGACUAUUUGAGUUGAAGCCUACACAAUGGAAAUUUCUACACAAUGCAAGGAUUGGUGCUCAAAUUUGAAAUGCGAGCAAGGGAAAAGCGAUAUGCAUUAUCUUUCACACUUGUAAACUUGAAAUUUUGUUUUAUCGCCUUUUUUUUACUUUUUUUAAUAUUAUUUUAUUGUUCAUGUGUAUUUAUAUGAUAUCCACUUGGCAUGUCUUAUGUUUUGUUCUUUAGAAUUUUAAGGGAAACCUCAAUUAAAAAAUGUUAUUUGCAUUUCGAACAGACAAUAAGAACCUAAUGCUCUCAAUGGACAUCCUAGUUUUAGUACAAUGAAAAUAUUACUCACCAUAAGAAGACUUCUGCAAGACAUUAACAGGGUUUAUUCUAACAUUAAGUGCCCCUUCACAGCAGAUAAUACAGACAGGAGGAAGUGGGAGUGAUGAGGAAUGGUGAUGGGCCUGUAAGCAAAGAGAAGGAAGAGUGAGAGUCUGGUGAACAGAGAAAAGAAAGGGUGUGAGUCUGGUCUGCAGAAUGGAGUAAGGAUGAGGGUCUGGUGAGAGCAGAGGAAAGGGGAGUCUGGUAAACGGAGAUUAUGAAGGGUGAGUGCCUGUGUGCAGAUGAAUGGUCAGUGUCUGGUGAACAGAGAGGUGAUAGCUUGAGGGUCUGUUGAGUGGAGGAAGGGUGAUGAUACAUAUGUAGCAAUGCUUAUAACACCUGAGAUUAUUCAUAAGUGUGACUAGAUUGCUGCGGUAGGUGUGCACAUUUGCAGGCACGUGUGAUUAUUUGCACCCGUGAGCCAUCGGAAUAGCAUUGUCUAAUCGCAAGUGCAAACGGCACGUCAGUCCCAUGAUGCAUACAAUGCUAUAUUUGUACGUAAGCAGAUAGGAAGAAUGAGUGACUGGUCAGCAGAGUGAGCUGGUGAGCAGAGUGGAAUAAAGGUGAGGGUCUGAUGAGCAAAGAGGGGGAAAAGUGAGGGACUGGUGAGCAGAGGGGAGGAAGAGCAUGGGUCUUGUGAGUGAAGAGGAGAAAGGUUGAGCCUAUCGUUAGCAGAGAGGAGUAAGGGUCACGGUCUUGUGAAUGAUGAGUAAGAAGUGUGAGUGCUUGUGUGCAGAUGAAGCGUUUGAUGAACAGGAAGGGUAAGGGUCUGGUAAGCGGAGGAAGAGUGAUGGUCUGUUCAAUAUAGAGGAAGAGUGAGUGCUGAAUUCUGAGUACCAUUACUAUCAUCAUUCAUGGAAAGAUUUAGAAGCAGGGUAUAAAUACCUUCUAGAAGCCGCUGUAGUUCUGAUUGUUACACUACUCUCUUCUUUCUGAUCCAGCUCUUGAAACUCAACUGCAGACUUCAAACUUAUUUGGAAUUACAAUGUUGGUGGUAUUCACCUUUCCCUGAAUACACAACAGCUGUAGGAGUCAGCCACUGUCACUGACGUGGACCAGUAAUUGCCCUGCUAGAAGCAGCAGAUUUUCCUUUUAAAUCUUCUUUUACUUGCAGCAAGGCUGGGCGUCACUGGAUCAUGGGAUUGCAGAUUAAGCUGGAGUUUGGCGCACAAACUAUUGCAUAGUAGCUUUAAAUUCUAAGCUCCUCUCCCUACAACCCCACCAGUGAAAGUAUAGGAAAACCCCAUCAUAUCAGUGUUCUUUACAUGCCUCAAGUAGUAGGACAUGACUUGGGUGGCUGCUAUGUAGCCUCACUUAUAGAUACAGUGCAUCCGGAAAGUAUUCACAUCACUUCACGUUUUCCACAUUUUCUUAU